AUGUUCAGAAACAAUUAUGAUAACGACGUGACGACAUUCUCGCCGACGGGUCGUAUUUUCCAAGUGGAAUAUGCUUUAGAAGCAAUCAAGCAAGGAUCAGCAGCGGUGGGGCUUGCGUCGAAAAACCACGUUGUAUUAGUGGCUCUGAAGAGGAAUGCGGAGGAGCUAGGCUCAUACCAGAAGAAAGUCAUCAAGAUAGAUGAGCACAUGGGUGUGGCAUUGGCGGGAUUGGCACCGGAUGCCCGAGUUCUUUCGAAUUUCUUACGUCAGCAGGCAAUGACUUCUAAAAUGGUGUUUAACCGGCCAUUGAGCGUGGCAAAAGCUGUUUAUUCGAUUGCAGACAAGGCUCAGGACAACACACAGAGUGCCGGCGGACGGCCGUAUGGUGUUGGGUUGCUUAUUGCAGGUGUGGAUGAGAGCGGACCACAUUUGUACGAAUUCCAACCUUCAGGAUCGGUGUUGGAGUAUUACGGAACGGCAAUAGGGGCCAGAUCGCAGGCUGCACGGACAUUUUUGGAGGAUAACUACGAGAAUUUUGCCGAUGCAACGAAGGAAAAGCUCAUUGAGUAUGGUUUGACUGCCUUGAGAGACACUUUGGCCCAGGAUAAGGAGCUCAAUCUACACAAUACGACAGUUGCAGUUGUUGGAAAAGACGAGCCACUCAAGGUUUAUGACGAUGAUGAAGUUCAGCAAUGGCUUGAUUUGUUGGACACGCUUUCAAACAGCAGACACAGAGCUGCUGAUGAUGAUGAUGACAGUAGCAGUGACAGUGGAGACGAUGGAGAUGAUGGUAAAGAUAACAAGGAGGCAGAGAAGAAGGAAGAUGGUGACGGCGACAAGAUGGAUACCGAUUAG